GGCAAUCCGCUGCGUACCACCACCCGCACCACCACGACUACAGAAGUCACCGAGACCACUGAGAUCGAGAGACGCAUCAUCCGCAACAGGUCGCGAAGCCACUCGAACCCGGACCCUCCGAACCACGACGCGAUGGAGAUGUCGCACCAGGCGCCCCAGUCGUCACAGCCGAGGCGGCCGUCGGCCCUGCGGCCCGUGACGCGCCUGCGCUCCCAGUCGACGCCCACUUCGGGCGGCUGGGUCAUGCACUCGCCCGUGGUGGCCGCCGGCGAGGAGUCGAGCGGGCGAGAGGAGGAAGAAGACGCCGACGCCAUGCACCUGGUGCGACAGCCUCAGCAGAAGGGGAAGAUGGACAUCGGCUUCCUGGUCUCCGCUUGA